AUGAAUCCAGUUAAUACAAACUCUGAACACUCGUCAUGGAAGACGGGAAAUCCAAAUCAAGCGCGUGACGCCAUUUCAUGGCACGCUUAUACGAGUGGGUUAAAAUCCGGUGCCAUUACCGCCGUCUUUGCUGCUGCCAUGGUGGGUCUAAGUAAUAAAUAUUGGCCGGCAUUUCGCAACCGUUUGGGUGUUAGCGGUAAGACGGCAUUGGUCGUGUCGCCAUUCCUAGGCGCUUUUACGAUUGUGGCUGAAAACCGUUUGAUGCACGGGGCUCGGAAUCCCGAGAUGUAUAUGGCUACACUUGAAGGAGGCUCAUAUAUGGCACCGGAGAAGAAGGCGUCGCAGCUCAAAUUUUGGCAGAAAAGCGCCAACUUUCUGUACGAUCACCCGUACCGUGCUCUGGUUACGAUCAUGCACACACGUAUUUAUGGCCAAGCUUCGGUAGUUGUGUUGCUACUGAGCUCUAUGGCUUUCCAUGAUUAUAUGGCCAAGCGUGGCAAGUUCACGAUCGAGGACAAGGAGGAUUAG